UGCCUCUUCCUCGGGCUGCGAUACGAUCGGGGGAAGCCGGAGGCGAGGCGGCACUGUGAGUCUGAAUGGCCAGACUGACGUCAUCUCGCCGUCCUCGAAUCUCUGUGAGAUACUUUACGUCCGGAUAUGAGAUGAACAGCGGACCCGCACCGCCCGCCCGGAGGGGCCGGAGGAGUCGCGACUCCGGUGUUGGACGGAACACAGCGGCGGCCUCCGCCUGCAGCAGCCAUGGCCAUGGACGCUGAGGGCCAGAAGGACCUGGAGCGCGCCGUCGGCUGGAACCUCACCGACUCGUGGCUGCAGGACCUCGAGCUCAACCUCACCGACCACAACACGCACAUCAACUUCUACUACUACUAUGAGACGGAGCAGAUCACGGUGCUGUGGAUCCUGUUCGUGUUCAUCGUGGUGGGCAACAGCGCCGUCCUGGUGGCCCUCUCCAUGGGCAAGAGCCGCAAGUCCCGGAUGAGGUUCUUCAGCACGCACCUCGCCAUCGCGGACCUGUCGGUGGGGCUCAUCAGUGUGGGCACGGACCUCAUCUGGCGCAUCACCGUGAGCUGGAACGCGGGCAACGUGGCCUGCAAGAUGAUCAAGUUCCUGCAGUGCGUCGUCACCUACUCCUCCACCUACGUCCUGGUGGCCCUGAGCAUCGACCGCUACGACGCCAUCACCCACCCGAUGAACUUCUCGGGCAGCUGGCGGCGCGCUCGCAUGCUGGUGGCCACGGCCUGGACCCUCUCCGCCAUCUUCUCACUGCCCAUCAUCGUCUUGUACGAGGAGAAAGAGAUUCAAGGCCGCAUGCAGUGCUGGAUCAAAUUGGAACCCUGGCAGUGGAAGCUGUACAUGUCCGUUGUGAGCAUAUUACUGUUCCUGGCACCAGCCUUGAUCAUCAGCUUCUGCUACCUCGUCAUCGUCCUCACCAUUUGGAGCAAGAGCAAGCUACUCAUGCCGCCUCGGCGAUACCUCAACGGCGAACAAGUCCCGGACUUCGAAAUGGACUGUCGACGCGCCUCUUCAAGAGGCAUCAUUCCGAGGGCCAAGAUCAAGACCGUCAAAAUGACUUUCGGAAUCGUGUUUGUAUUCAUUGUGUGCUGGUGCCCCUACAUCCUCUUUGACCUGCUGCAAGCCUACGGCUUCAUCACCGAGACCCAGUCCAACAUCGCGGUGGCCACGUUCAUGCAGAGCCUGGCGCCGCUCAACUCGGCCGCCAACCCCAUCAUCUACUGCGUCUUCUCGACGGCCAUCUGCCGCAGCCUCAGGCGCGUGCCUCCCAUCUCGUGGAUCCUGUGCUGCAUCGGCCUGGACGAGCCGCCGCGGCCCGUGACGGCGGAGGGCGCGUCGCGCCGCGGCCGCUUCUUCCGCUACCUGUACAACCCGACGGACUCGUCCAGCGUCACGGACACGCUCACCAACCCGGCGUCCUCCAUGGCCUCCCUCAAGCAGCGCCAGCAGACCGUCAACGUGGCCAACUCGGCAGUGUAGGGCCACGCGGCCACGCGGCCACGGCACGUUGGACCAUCCCCCAUCCCUCAUGCCACGCAAUGCCACGUCCACCCCGAGUGCCUCCCCUUAUCUAAUCCUCGCAUGUUUUAGAUAGGACCGUGCUCAAAUGCGACCGCCCCUUCCUGAAAGAGGGCACAGGGGUUGCUCGCGCUGACGAAUCAGGACGCAACGUCUGCAUGGUCCUGACUUAAUAGAUUUAAGUUUCUGAUUGGUCAGCUGUUGUCGCUAUGCGACUGUGAGUUGAGGUAGUUGUGUGGACAUUUUGACUUGGGAAAGUCGGGCAUGGACUCGGCCUGCCCCCAGGUCGUAUGAGUGAAUUCGAAGAAGGUGCUGCUAGUGACUGUAAUGGCAUACAGAACAAAACAUGGUGCACAUCGAAGCCUCAAAGAAGGGAAUAGUUUUGAAAUGCUGCAACUCCUGUGAUGGCACACGUUGUUAUGAACCGAAGCCGAUAGCAUACUCCCACACAUGACUCUGUGGUUCUGGUAAAAUAAUCUAGCAUAAAUUUUCUAAAAUUUACCGGCAAAUUGCGCAAUGUUGCUGUUAAAUUAACGAAACUCUUUAUGUUGUGGAAAAUCAUUUCUGAGUAUUAGGUAGAAAUUGUAGACAAACAAUAAGUUCCUGUGGGAACUCGUUCUAAAUUUUUUUUUUACGUGAUGAUGAUCAAAAUUGCUACAAACAGCCCCCAGGGUUUGAUUGCAGCUAGCCACUUGCCCAGCAAAGCACUGGCACAAAUUACUGUCAUUCUUUAAUUCAUAUUAUUGUAGUCUGUCAUGAGUAGCGCUUCCAAUUAUCAAAGACCUUUAAUUUGGUGUCCAAAAUUUUAUGAUAACUUUUCUUUUGUUGGGAAUUUUUUACAGUACUUAAUUAUUAAAAAGUAUUGCAUUGCACUCACCACCCCCAGAUGCCCAGUUGCAUUUGAAGAAUUAGUAUUAUGUACAGCCUUAAGUGAGAAACACAGUGAACAAUGCAUUUAAAACUGUGGUAGUGCUAGUCCAAAGAUACUCUGGUUCUCAAAUUCACAUAGUGCUAGUGAUCUUACUGAUACAUAUGAUGAGAAGUAUUUCGAUCAACCAUAUGCAGUGCUCCUACUAAAGCAAGUUCGCCUCUCGAUUUCAUGAAAAUAAUUUCUUCAAGCAACAUUAGGACUUGAUUAUUAACAAUGAACUUCUGCUAAACAUUGGUAGUUCCUUUUUUACAAAAACAAAACAAACAAAUCAUUGUGAUUGAAUGUACCCUUGAAAUGACAAUGACAAUUUUGAAGACACAAUCCCUUAAAUCUGGUCUAAUUUCGAUUUAUGUUUUUCUUCAAUUCUCAUUGUGAUUAUUAUUGGGUUUUAACACAGUUUAAAAUAGGGCCAAGACCACAUUCACAGCAGACUAUUGCUGUGCUGGUCCAAUAAAUUCAAGAGGGACCCGAGAAAAAUGUAUGCCAAAAUUCCAAACAAGGAAAAAACUAAUUUAUAUAAAAGAUGAAACAAAAAGUUGGCGGCAAAAACUUAACAGGAAAGACUUUAGUAAGUUAUCAGACUGAAAUAGGGGUGAGACAUAAUGUGCAUUUAUUCUUUACUUAUAAAAAGAGUGUCUCUAUUUCUUAUUAUUUAUACUUUUAAUUCUUGUUAACUUUAAGACUGUGUGCUUGUUUGAAUCUCUUCAGUAGCUUAGUUACAGAAGCGCUUAGAAGUCAUUCCACAGAAAAUGAAUACAGCCCAAACGUUCAACAUAAUUCAGGGCUUUUUAUUUCUGUUUGGUGCUAGUAGCUUUGGUGCGAAUAGUCACUAUGUUACGGAAAUGCAAGUGAAGGAUGCCUCAUUCAAGAUGACAAUGACGGAGGAGGGAAGGAAAUUUUCAUGCUGUGAUAAUUUGCUGUGGAAUUACUCGCUUUAAUGAGGAAGGUGAGAUUCAUUGAAUGAAAGCUGCCACUAUCAUAUCUAAGUAUCAAAACUGUUCAGAAUGUCAUUUGCCAAUGAUCCCUUACUUGACUCAAAGACAUAAAUUUCUGUAAAUAUUAGAGUUCUUCUUUGAUUUUAUGUGUUUUAAGGGCAUGCCAUGCCAGUCAACUUCAUAAUUUAAUGCAUCAAAAGUUAUAGUCCAUGUUGUUUUAUAUUCAUUGUCUGUACUUAUCAAUAUGAAGUGAGGGCAACGCAGAAAGAGGUAGUUGGUAGAAAGACAAGUCUAUCACGUACGUGUAAAAACGAAUCUGUAUUAAAUGUAAACAUGUCUUCUUGCUGUGACAAGACCGA